GUGAAACAUUUCUCCUCAGCGGUGAGGUCUAGUUGCUACGCAUAAUUCGACAGUGGCUUUCUAGGCGCGAACACCUUGGUCACAGCUUUAGGCUUUUGCGGGACCGCAGAUCUGCCCCAUGCGCUGUUCUCAUUCCCACCUUUACUUAGUACCAUAGCGCGCCAGUACAUUUGCCACCUUUCAGGCUCUGCGGGUCUGAGCUACCGCGGGUGAAGCCCAGCGAACGGAAAGCUCGGCAAUGGCCGCCAAACCUUCGCCUGGCAAAGACGACCAAGGCCGCAAAGCCAUGGAAGUAGAUGAACCUCCGGUUCCGGGCAGCGCAUCUGCCGGCUGCUAUAACUAUGUGGUCACGGCACACAAGCCAACCGCGGUGACGCAUGCCGUGGUGGCCAGCUUCACCGGACCCAACGACGUAAACCUAAUCACCGCGUGUUGCACGCGCCUGGAAAUUCGGAGUCUGGGAGCUCAGGGCAUGUCGGCCCCCCUGGACGUACCGCUGUACGGCAACGUCAGUGCGCUACAGGCCUUCAGACCCCGGGACCUACAAACCGACCUGCUCUUCAUCCUCACUGAGAAGCUCAAGUUCUGUGUGCUGCAGUACGAUACGGCAAAAGGCCAGAUCAUCACUCGCGCCAACGGUGACGUGUCGGACCGCAUCGGUCGCCCCGCCGCUAACGGUCAACUGGGGUUCGUUGACCCCGCGUGUCGGGUGGUGGGACUUCACCUGUACGACGGAAUACUCAAGGUGAUCCCCAUGUCCCCCCGCACCGGCUCCCUGUCGGAGGCCUUCAACCUGCGACUGGAGGAGCUGCUGGUGCUGGACAUGGCAUGGAUAACGCCACCUGCAUCAGGGGGGGCGGGGGGGUCGACAGGUGGUGGAGGAAGGGCAGCAGGAGCAGCAGGAGGAGCAGCAGCAGCAGCAGGGGGUGGUGGUGGUACCAGGCCGCUGCUGGCGGUGUUGCAUGAGGACCCCAAGCGGGCCCGGCAUGUGCGCACGUACGAGGUGGACCUGGAGGCGAAGGAGCUGCUGGAGGGUCCUUGGCAGCAGGCGCAUGUGGAUGCAGGGGCGGGGCUGCUCAUACCCGUGCCCGCCCCGCUGGGGGGGGUGCUGGUGGUGGGGGAGAACGUGGUGGCGUACCUUGGGGGAGGGGGGGGAGGGGGGCCGGUGGCGGCGCCGCUGAGGCAGACCAUUGUCACGUCCUGGUGCCCAGUGGACUCCGACGGCUCCCGCUUCCUUCUGGGUGACCGACUGGGCCGGCUGCAGCUGCUGGUGCUCACACAGGAGGGGGGGUCGGCAGCGGGGGGAGCAGCAGGCAGCAGCGGUGCCGGCCCUAGCAGCAGCAGCGGUGUCAGCAGUGGUGGAGGGCGGCGGGUCACGGGUAUUCGAUUGGAGCAGUUGGGGUUCACGUGCUCACCCUCUUGCCUGGCGCAUAUCGACGCGGGGUUGACGUUUGUUGGGUCGCGCGGCGGGGACUCGCAGCUGGUGCGGAUACGUGCUACACCGGUGAACCAGCCGGUCCCCAUGGACGACGACGGGGCGGGUGGCGAGGCCGCUGCUGCUGCUGCUGCUGCUGCUGCUGCUGCUGCCGAGCCGCCCACCUACAUCGAGUUGGUGGACAGCUACCCCAACCUGGGGCCCAUAGUGGACUUUGUGGUGAUGGAUUUGGAGAGGCAGGGGCAGGGGCAGUUGGUCACCUGCAGUGGUAUCGACGGCGAUGGCAGCCUGCGAGUCAUCCGCAACGGGGUCGGCAUCAACCGCCAGGCGACGGUGGAGCUGCCGGGGAUCAAGGGUGUGUGGAGUCUUCGCUCCCGCUUCUCCGCCCGCCACGACACCUUCCUGCUGCUUACCUUUGUGGGGGAGACACGCGUGCUGGCCCUGAACGAGGAGGAGGAGCUGGACGAGGCGGAGCUACCCGGGUUCGACUCCUGCAGUCUCACGCUGUGGUGCGGCAACAUGGCACCCGACCACAUGGCGCAGGU